AGACGUCGAAGCGCGUGGUCGUGGAAUUUUCCGAGAAAAUCCAGGCGGAAAACAAACAGUGCGAGGCAGCAGCAGCAGCAACAACUACAACAACUAACUAGAGCAAAGGAAAUUUGACAGACUUUGAUGUGAACCGGACACGAGGGCGAGCACAGAAAACAGGACGGAAACCGAGCGCAAAAACAGCACUGCGAAAAAAAACGCAAAAGAAGGAGAGCCACGCCAAUAGUGUGCAAAUUAAUAUAGUCGGAGCAGCAUGGAUGAGGAGCACGACGACGAUCGAAUAAUAUGAGAUUAGAUGGGGCUCUAGAGCCCCGGCCCCGUCAAGGAGCUGCCACAUUCAAGGGCCGCCAGCCCCUGAGGCGCGAGACCCGCGAACCAUGUGAGACGCAGCAACAGCAACAGCAGCAGCAGCAGCAGCAGCCAGCUGACGAAGACGACGAGGCCACAGACGCUGAGUGUUUGACCACCAACAGCAGCAGCAGUAGCAGCAACAAUUGCCAAGCCUACUUGGUCUUCAAUCCAAAGAGAACACCACCAGCAAAGCUCACGCCCAGAAAAACAACUGGCGGCAGAGGCAAUAGCAGGCAUACCAUAUUAAUGGCGCCCAACGUGGGGCAUCAGCGGAAGAGCCUUGGCCUGCGACUUCCGAUGAAGCAGGGUCGCAGCCGGCGGAGGAUGAUGGGCGCGGAGUGGGGCUGGGAGCGCCUUAACGGCCUGCUCCUGUGCCUGAUUUCCGUUAUUGCCCUGCUGCCGCCCCUGACGCUCGGCGAUGACGGCGAUAAUUUCUUUGCCGUGAAUGCCUUUAGUGCGGGUCCGGAGACGACAACGCCAGAGUUCGAUUAUGCCAGCCGCGGACAGAAGAAGUUCGGCGAUAAGUGCGAUAAUACCCUGGAAUGCGGCUUCCCCGGCUCCAUCUGCGAUCCCAAGAAGAAGUCCUGCCAGUGCACCGAGGAUCUGCCCGUCACCAAUCACUAUGACAAAUGUGGCAAAGAGGCCGCUGUGAACGAGUCCUGCUUCUUCAACGAGCAGUGCGAGAUGCGUUACUUCCAGACGGAGUGCCGGGAUGGACGCUGCAUCUGCCGGUUCGAGAUGUCGCCCAUUUGGGGCAAGGACGGAUCCGUGGAGUGCAAAGGGCGCCAGGACAAGAGGGGACCCGAGACCUACAUCGACCCGGCCAUGAUUGGCGUGCUGGUAGGAAUGGCAUUGAUGUUUGUUAUUAUUUGUGUCGUCCUGCGAUUGUUUAGCCAAGCUCGUUGGCGUGAGAACCGGACCAUCUUCAACACGCCCAAUCCUCGCCUGAUGAACGUCUCCCUGCUGCGGGACAGCAAGCUGCUCCACGGCCAGGAGCGCCGUGGGUCCAGGAUGUCGGUGCGGGCGCCAUCCCGGCAGCCGAGCAUGGCCUCCCUGCGGCCCCACUCCCCCAAUCCGUCGCUAGGUAAGACAGGAUCCCAUUCGGAGUCGCAUGGCAGCAAUGCAUCCGCAGCCUCGGUGCGCUCCAACCGCAGCAACUCGGUGGCACCCGGCAAGGUUGUCCACCACGAGCGCCACGGAUCCGCCCAUCGCCAGCACCACCCACAUGGCCACCAGGCGAAGGAGCAGCCGCAGUCGCCGCAGUCACAGGACCAGUCGCUGAUCACCAACAUCACCACGAAUCCGGUGGCCGAGAGCGUUACCGUCGAGAUCAUCGAACCAGGACAGAAGUAGAAAGUAAGCGGAUAGGAUGGAUUCUACUUGAUCUAAAGCAUGAUGGCGUAGGCAGGAUUAACUGGCUAACUCUCUGACACACGAACACACAGGACACGAAAUGAGGCACAAACUAUAGGAACAUAUAGUCACGGUAAAUGCACGCGAUAAUAAGGCGGGCACGCUCCCAAAAGGGGCGUGACCCCGCCAACAACACACACACAAAGAAAAUCGAGGCCAUUGUUCGACUCUUUUUGACAAAGACCAUUUUUGCAAUUAAUGGAAGUUUUUUAACCAAAACAAUUAUAUACUUAUUAUAUGAAUAUGGAGCGUGUAAAGAAGCACACACACACACCCACACAUACACCCAGAACAAUGCUAAAUGAAUUACUUACGUACGACUACACCGUAAAAAAAUAAUUGAAAAAAACCUUGCAUAACAAAUUCAUACUACUCUUUUUUUCAACCAAAAAAACAAAAAAAAAAACACAAAAAACCAAAUACAAAGAACUUAUCCUUCCGAUAAGGGAAACUUUACUAAUUUAAAUAACAUAUUGUAAUGCAGUUAUAUAACUAAGCUUUGGGUUAAAGGCUUUAAGGAUUAAAGGAUUAAACACAGAAUAGUAAUGAAAACAGAGAAUUCUCAGCGUAGGGAAACUAGAGCAUGAUCUCAAUCGUAGUGUUCUUUAGCCAGCCAUCGGAGGCACUGCAUCGUGGCCAAAAGGUGCGAUUAAUUGGCAGAAACCAAAUACCAAAUACCAAAUACCAAAUGCAAACCGCUGAUACAACGCCUUAUCUAUACUAAUAUUAUAGAUCCAAUUGCCGCUCUAGCUCCCACAUAUGGAUGUUAUUACCCAGAGUCAUAGCGAUGACUCAACCAAGUUGAAGAAAUUGAAGAAAUAUUUAACAACCUCGGGACCAUAUUUUAUAAUCAAAAUAUGCGUUUCAUUGCGAAGCACGCACGUACACCAACCUUAUCCUCGUUAUCCUCGUUUCGGCAUUAGCUUUUCGUUCCCGAACGGAUCACAGGAUCUAGAUCUAGGGAUCUAGGUUCGGAUGUAAAGGAGUACCUAUACAUUUUAUCAACUAGCUGAGCAAAUUUUAGGGAACACUCACAACAUGAUAUUAAGGAUAACGACUAUACCACGACUAUACACACGCUCGCCGAGAGUCCAAAAUCUAAAUUGACUUCCAGUUGACUGUAUUGAUUUCACGCCUGAGUUUCAACUUUUAAGCAACGUAGAUUUUUUGCUGAUUUACUCAGUUCAAAACUCACACAGCACAUUGCAGAUCGGGCCAAGGAUUUUCGGGCAGUGCACUGGGCUAGCCGGGAAUAGGGGAAGAUUUCCGGGUCUGUCCAAUGCGGUGGCCAAAUGGCCGAAGGCUGCAGAUCUCCAGAUUAUAGCCAUAGUAGGAAUAGAAAUCGAUAUUGAUAAGGUUUAGUUGUUGCCCCCCAAAAAAACAGACGAUUCUCAUUUGCUUUUGUGCUCAAUCAAAGAAGCUUAACUGUGAGAAUACCAAAUGAAUACAAGAUACAAAUAAAAACGUAGACCGAAAAAAUCUUAAAGUUGCUUGAGAACUUCUAGCUAAACAAUUACAAUUAGAGUGACGAGGAGAAAACUUACGGAAAAUACAAAAAUACAAAAAAAAAUAACGAAAAAAAUUUUAUUAAAGCAUCGAAUUUUUCUUAAAACAAAACGAGCAAACAAACAAUCUUAUUUCUAGGACAACCAAAUCUAGUUACUUAUUUACAUUCUAAAGGGCAUUCAGAAAACAAUUUAGGCUUUGGAAUUUGGGGAAGAAUUUCAAGGUUUAACUUUGUUUUAUCAACCGCAAAAAGAAGACACUUACAUCUAAGCACCAAAGAUCUAGAGUAUAUUACAAUUAAUUAUAAAGAGAAUACAAAUAAAUGAAUCACUGAUUUUUCUAUUUACAUCAAAUAUUGUUGAAGGCAGACUUUAAGCGAAUUUUAAAUAAGCUAAACAAAUGGCGAGCGUACGAGGAGAAUAUUUUAAAACCAAUUAUAUACAUACAUGAAUAUGCUUUAUUUACUUUAAUAUUUACAUUAUACACAACUACAUCCAACUAUAUAUGAACUUGUAUUAAAGUUUCGUGGAAAACUGCUACCAAACCAAAUGCGAUAAUUCAUUUACACUCUACCAAGUAAAACGAAAAAUUUUAUAUAAGAAGCGAAAUCGAAAUCGAAAUCUUGUAAUGCUAAUAUAUUAUACAUCUAGAAUCAAACGCCAUUAUCGCACAUCUAAGCCAUACAAAUCGAAACUAAAUCGAAAGUAAUGAAGAGACAACCUAAAACUUUAAGCCUAGAAGAGAAGCAACUAAUAGAGUUCAACAUUUCGAUUUUCAUGUGACUUGUAACUAAAAAGAAACCAAAAACCGAAACCAAAACCAAAACCAAAAGGAUACUAGAAAGGAUCGUAGUUAUAGAGAGCGAAUCAAAGCCAGACAGUACGAGUAGCAAAAUAUAGACGAUGGUAAUGUAAUCUUAACCUACAAGACAACAAAUUGCUUUUUCAAAUUCCAGAAGGCAAACGAUCGAGUAUAUUAUGAACUACAUAUAAAGUAUAUACAUAUAUAACUAUAUUUAAAGAUCAGUUCACUAUAAUAAAGUCUAUAUUACCAUA